ACGCGCAUGUCCGUUGCAUUCUUGCCUCAAAAAGGGGCGGAAAUACCAUAAAUAAUUGGAACGAGAGCUAAACACGGUAAUUCUGUACGUGGCACCGCAACUGCUUAGCCAUGUCCGUAGAGCUGUUGCUUAAGGGAAUACUCUUCUUGAUGAACUUGCUGUACUGGUUCUUCGGAGGCAUGACCGUGCUAAUGGGCGUCUACCUCUUCAUGGUGAAGGUGCGCAUCCUGCACCGCUACGUCGAUCUCGCCUUCGAUCCGGCCGUGUUCUUCAUCGUCGUCGGCUGCCUCGUCUUCGUCAUAGCCGGACUCGGCUGCGUCGGAGCACUGCGCGAGAACACGCGCUUCCUCUGUCUGUACGGCUUUUGCCUGUCUGGUAUCGUGGUCGCAGCCUUGUUCGUGGCCGUGCUGACCGUUGUGUGGCCCACGCUGGGCCUGUCCAACCGCUCGCGGCGUCUCGAGAACGUUCUGCGGCGUGCAAUAAUCAUCUACAGGGACGACCCGGACAUGGAAGACCUCAUCAACACGCUCCAGUCGUCUCUGCGCUGCUGUGGCUUCACCUCCCGGGGCUACCUGGACUGGCAGCACAACGCCUACUUCAACUGCUCCCAGUGGAACCCGAGCCGCGAGCGCUGCGGCGUGCCCUAUUCCUGCUGCAGGGACCGGGGCAGCUUGCCCAACGUCAUGUGCGGCUACGGUGUUACGGACACGUCAAAGAGGUCGCCUGCCUCGAUCGAGCGCGCGAUAUACACGCGGGGCUGCUUGCAGGCAUUGGCCGCCUUGGCGAGGGAAAACUCUGUGUUGGUCAGCGUGGUGUCGGCGGUAACCGUGGGGUCGCUCGCUUUGGGCAUCGCUGGCGCCUGGCUCCUCGUGAAAUCUAUUGCUGAGGUGAGACGAGUCGUUAUGCUGGAGAGCAUAGCUACGCCUCAUGCACGAACGUCUUGCCUGUAGUCGAUAGUGUGAAUCGAGCUGAUGACCGCUCUUGGAAGCGGUAAUUCUAUAAGCAGCCCAAUGCGCGACUCGCAUACUUGUCAUUUUAACAUAAUGAACUUAUUUCAACGCUUUUAACUCCUUUUAUGUUUGCAACUUUACGCCGCUUACAUUCUUGUCAGCUUAUUUUAACUUGGUCUGCUCAGACUAAUGUUUUAAUGCACGCGCAAUAAAAGUUGGCUUUCAUUGUC